AUUCCCUAGAAAUCCGGCACCGGCAUGGCGUCGUCGAAGUUGGUCACGACGAAUCCGGAUCUGCCACGCCAGUCUUCUUUAUAUUCCCUUUCUUCUAUUCUCGCUGAUCUCCAGAACAACACCCACAACACCAACAACACCACCAAUAAUACUAACAACCACAACGAUUCCAACGCCGGCGCCGACGACCCUUCCAAGGCUUUGGGUUCUUUGAGCAUGGAUGAUCUCCUCAAGUCCUAUUACUCUUCUUCAUCCGAUCCCAAUAAUAACCCCAACCCGGCGCACCUCCCGUCGGACCCCAAUUUCCCCGCGCUGCUGCUGCUGCUGCUGCGGCUGCGGCGGAAUUGGGCACCA